GACAUACAUCGUCUCAUGCAGCACCAGUGUAUAAAUAGAGAACGAACACACACAUCAGACAUCGUUCAGUUUGAUUUCGGCAUCAGGAAAAGAUUUUCUACCGCAGCUAUCAACCAGAAAACAUGGAUGCCCCCAAAGAAGACAAGAAGGAGGAGCAUUCAAGAGGACCUAAGGAAGACGAGGAAAGCUCUGAGUCAGACGGAGAAGGAGGAAGGUGCAAAAAGAACCGUGGAAAGAAGGGAGAGAAAUGUAAAGGCCAGGGGCAUGGAAAGGGCCAUGAAGGAAAAGGAGGAGAAGGAAAAGGAGGAAAAGGAAAAUCUGAGAGCCAUGCUGGUGGUCACAAAAAAUAAGGAAGAAAUCCAUGAUCACCAUUUAGUUAUUUACUGAGUGUAUAGAAUUGACACAUCUUUAAUAAACUAAUAAAAAUAAAAAAGACCA